GUCUAGAACUAUCGGACCCGUCACGUGCUACCUUAUCUUGCACGCGCGAAUUGUUUACACACUCACUUCCGCUACGGUGCUUCCAAAAUCCAAACCCAAACCCAAAAACCCCUUUGAGCUUCCUCAACCUCAUCCAUGGCGUCCUCCUUCCUCACUAUCCCCAAACCCUUCAUUUGCCAGCCCAGCUCUCCUUCCCUCUCUAACCACAAGCUUCUUCCAGGCUUGCGAAGAACCUCACUCAGAGUGUGUGCCAUUUCGAAGAAAUGGGAACCCACCAAGGUUGUUCCGCAAGCUGAUAGAGUCCUUGUUCGUCUUGAGGAGCUUCCUGAGAAAUCAGCUGGUGGAGUUUUACUGCCCAGAUCAGCUGUGAAAUUUGAGCGUUAUCUUAUGGGAGAAAUUCUUUCUGUUGGUAGUGACGUUGGGGAAGUGAAAGCUGGUUCAAAGGUUCUUUUCUCUGACAUAAAUGCUUUUGAGGUGGAUUUGGGAUCGGACUCAAAGCAUUGCUUCUGCAAAGAGAGUGACUUAUUGGCUGUGGUUGAAUAGGGUUAUGAGGCUCUUUUGGGAAUCACAUAGCCAUAUUGAACUUUUUAUGUGUUUUCUAGCGAACUUGGCAUAGAAGUAGAGGUAGUCAAAUGAAACCAGUUCAGUUCCUCAGGUUUCAUUUCAUGGACGAGUUUGUAGUAUUCAUUUUUGUAAACCGUUAUUGUAUUUGCUUUGGACUUGAAUUAAAUGGUCGAAAGAGAGGUUUUGGAAGGUAUAAUAAUGAAAACCCCAUAUGUUAUAAGUUUCUCAA